AUGAGCGAGGUAGUAAAAAAAGAGGUUGAAAAGCUAAAAGCACCAGGAAUGAUAUAUCACAUCUCUGACAGCCCAUGGGUGAGCCCGGUACAUGUGGUACCUAAGAAAGGAGGAAUUACAGUAAUGAAGAAUGAAAAGAACGAACUGAUACCUACUCGGAAUGUCACCGGAUGGCGAAUAUGUAUCGAUUACAGAAGGUUAAAUCAAGCCACCAGAAAGGAUCAUUUUCCCUUGCCAUUCAUAGACCAGAUGUUGGAAAGACUAGCAGGACAAGCAAGCAUAGAGCCAAGCCUAAGAUCUUCGUGUGAAGCUUCGUAA